CAUAGUACUGUUAGGCCUAUUCAAAUCCAAAAACUGUAGCAUGAGCCAUCCAUAAAGAGUUCCAGGAGAGGAAGUAGCCUAGAUAUAUCGGCUGCUCUCAAUGGCUGUUGUGGCUACGUCAAUCAUUUGGCGUUUUUUUUCCUCUUCCCCCUGCAAUCUAAGCCUGGUCUGCAAAUUCUCUAGCCUCUGGUCUUCCUCUCUGAGAAACCUCACGGAAUAGGCUACUUACCUCCUGCUCUAAGUGUUCGAGGCAGCCGAAUCCACUGCUGCUUGCUAGGAGUUUUCCACAGCAGGCUCUGUGCUAUACUGUAGCUGAGAAUAUACUAAGAAAAUGACACAUUUUAACAAGGGGCCAGCCUACGGAUUAUCUGCCGAAGUGAGAAGCAAAAUUGCUCAGAAAUAUGACCCACAAAAGGAGGAGGAGCUCCGCUUCUGGAUUGAGGAGGUAACAGGAAUGUCUAUUGGAGAGAACUUUCAGAAAGGCUUGAAAGAUGGAGUCAUCCUCUGCGAACUAAUUAAUAAACUGCAUCCUGGCUCAGUGAAGAAGAUCAACCUUUCACAGCUCAACUGGCACAAGCUGGAAAACCUUGGGAAUUUCAUCAAAGCUAUCCUGGCCUAUGGCCUAAAGCCCAAUGACAUCUUUGAGGCCAAUGACCUGUUUGAAAAUGGGAACAUGACUCAAGUCCAGACCACACUGCUUGCACUGGCAAGCAUGGCAAAGACCAAAGGUAUGGACACAAAGAUCGAUAUUGGAGUGAAAUACGCAGACAAACAAGCACGACAUUUUGAUGACGAGAAGAUCAAGGCUGGUCAGUGUGUCAUUGGACUGCAGAUGGGGACAAACAAGUGUGCCAGUCAGGCUGGAAUGACUGCUUAUGGAACCAGAAGACAUCUGUAUGAUCCAAAGACUCAGACUGACAAACCCUACGACCAGACCACCAUCAGCUUGCAGAUGGGAACCAACAAAGGAGCCAGCCAGGCAGGCAUGUCAGCCCCUGGUACCCGCAGAGACAUCUAUGACCAGAAGGUGGUGCAGCAGCCACUGGACAACUCCACCAUCUCCCUCCAGAUGGGCACCAACAAGGUGGCGUCUCAGAGGGGUAUGAGUGUGUACGGUCUGGGUCGACAGGUCUACGACCCAAAGUACUGUGCCCCCCCAACAGAGCCGGUCAUCCAUGCCAACGGCAGCCAGGGUACCGGCACCAAUGGCUCCGAGAUCAGCGACAGUGACUAUCAGGCUGAGUUCCAGGAGGACGAGUACCAUGGAGGUUACCAUGAUGACUACAGCUCCCAUUACAAUGAUCAGAGCAUUGACUAUUAGUGGAGAGUUCCACCACCAGAUCAGUAUUAACUAGUAUAUUUCAUCAACUUCACAACAGAGCAAGUCUUUUGCUAUCCUCACUAGUUUUUUUUUUCUUGUGUUGAAGCAUACAAUGCAGUAGGGCUACACGAUAUUGGAAAAAACUGACAUUGCGUUUUUUUGUUUUGUUUUUUGUUUUGCAAUAUAUGUUGCCAUUUUAUAAAAUACAAGAAUUUUCACCAGAUGACUUGAAUAGCUCUGAUUGGAAAGAAUUAGGUUGACUCACCACAACACCAUUGUAUUCAUAUAAUACCCUUCUAUAGAGUGUGCCAGGGCUGACGUCAAAACCCGGAAGUUUAGCAUCACGCUUGCCUGAGUGUCAGACUGAAGCUUGCAGAACCUUCAAUCUGACAUUACCUCCA